UAUUGACACAAAUACACCUUAUGCUCUAAAAGUCCCCAAAAAAUAUUUUAAAGACAAAUAUUAUAAAUAUUUCAAAAUCAACAAAAUCACUUCGACAAUAGUGUUGAUGUAUAUGAGAGACUUUUUAUUUUCCAGAUGCACCAUGCCAUCCGCUCAGAGAAAAACCUGUUGGAGAAACAUCUCUGCAUUUGUCAUUACUUCGCUUGUUGUGGUGGAAGGACUGCUGAUAUUUUCUGUCAUAUAUUUCAAGGCUGCAGGUCUGCAGAGUUCUGCUUGGGAUCUGAUCUUUGGCCACUGUGACAACAUCAGUGAUGACUGCAGAUCUGAAGUUACAGUCAUGACUGAUGAAGCCAUGAGGAACAAAUGGGAUAUCUGCAGUGCAAGAUUCGGUCAAGCCUCCAGUGAUUCCUCACUAAACCUGAGAAAUCCUACUCUUCAGUACAUGGAGAAACGUCAUUCAUUUGCUUUAUGCCUGUACACAAAUAUGACGCUGGAAUCUGUCAAUGACAACAUUGAGCCAGAAGACAUUAUGAAACAUAAAGGCACUUUUGAGUCUCGUUCCCUUUAUUCAUCCCUAAGUCAAGCCAUUCAGAUUCUGAAACACAGUCAGGUGACAUGUAUGAGUACAAGUUACAGGACAAAAACAACUUUACAACCUGGUAUCUCUGCCAAUCAGGUUAGGUUCAGUACCUUCAUUUUAGGUCAUGAUGAGUGGGAUUUUGCAUGGAAUGUUUCCUGUUUUGAGAUAUAUUCAUGCUUUGGGGCCAAUAUAACAAAAUAUUCUGCGCUAAAAAAAUAUAACCAAAUACUGAUUCCUCCCUAUGAAGUUUUUAAACUCACUGAUAUCCAGAAACAAAGUAAUGCAUGUAGCAUUACUUACAAACUCAGAAGCAACCUGAACUGUGUUUAUGACAGAGAGAGCAACCAGUUGCAUUCGAUAUCUGCGUUACCAGUGAAGGGAUUUUGGCUAACUUUUACCAUUAUUUGCUCUAUCAUCAUAUUUAUUUUAAUGCUCUUUGUUAUUUUAAAAAUAUACCAUAAAAUGAACCCAGUUUAUAGUGUUUCAUUUAUGCAUAACAAUGCAGCAAUCAUGUUGUUGCCCACAUGAGACUGGAACACUGCUGUUAAUGCCUAAACAAAAAUAAAAGGUGGAGAAAUGUUAA